GUUAUAGGAAAUGCAAACCAAACAGAUAUUAGUACCACUAAGUAUGCCUCCGCUAUAAAAACUGUGUUUCACAAUUGGAGCUUGAGCCAAAAUCGGUAUUCUUCCUUGAUACUGAGCAAUAGAAAAGGAAUAGCAUGUCAGCAGUUAGAGCUAGAGUUAAAAAAUGAAUUUGAUGAAUUUGAUAAUUUAAUAACUAAUUUGGCAGUAAGUAGUGAAAUUGAUGAUCCUAUAGAUGUGAGAGAAUUUGUAGAUAUCAAUGCUGAUGUUGCUUUUGAGAUGCCAUCUGAUGAUGAUAUAAUUCGUAAUAUUGGAAAUAAGGUUAACCAUCUCACUGAAAAAGAAAUAUUAGAACCAGCAUUUAAAAUUAUAGAUCAUAAUACUUUGAAAGCUUUGGAUUUAAUUGAAAUAUAUCUUUUAUAA